UGUUCGGGGUGGGUUUGUGUCCCCCCAGGUUCGGGGUUGUUCGGUUCUGUUCCCCUCGGGGUUUGGGGAUUGUUCCCCUCGGGGUUUGGGGUUGUUCCCCUCGGGGUUGUUCUCUCUCUCUCUGUGCUGGAGUUUUGCCCUGUUUGGUUCCAGUACGAGGCCUGCAAGCUGAACAGCCAGGAGGUGGUGGAGGAGGACAAGAGGCUGAAGCUGCCCCCGAACUGGGAAGCUAAAAAGGCUCGGCUGGAGUGGGAGCUGCAGGUGCAGGAGAAGAAGAAGGAAUGUGCAGCCCGGGGUGAGGACUACGAGCGGGUGAAGCUGCUGGAGGUCAGCGCUGAGGACGCCGAGAGGUGGGAGAGGAAGAAGAAGAAGAAAAACCCCGACCUGGGCUUCUCAGACUACGCGGCGGCGCAGCUGCGCCAGUACCAGCGGCUCACCCGGCAGAUCAAGCCCGACCUGGAGCAGUAUGAGAAGCUCAAGGAGCAGCACGGGGAGGCCCUGUACCCCACCUCCAACAGCCUCCUGCACGGCACCCACGUGCCCUCCAAGGAGGGCGUGGACAGGAUGGUGGCAGACCUGGAGAAGCAGAUCGAGAAGAGGGAGAAGUACAGCAGGAGGCGGCCCUACAACGACGACGCCGACAUCGACUACAUCAACGAGAGGAACGCCAAGUUCAACCAGAAGGCUGAGAGGUUCUACGGGAAAUACACAGCUGAGAUCAAACAGAACCUGGAG